AUGGCAGGCUUCUCCGUCCAGCUGCAGCUUUCCUCCAUCCUGCACACAAUGGGCAUGACUGUGUGGUGCGACUCUGCCCCUAGCGUGCUGGAAAACCCCUCGUUUCUUUACGCCAAAUGCAUCGUUUUGGAGAUCAUAAAUAACCAGACAGUUAAAUUAAGGGAAAUCGCCGAACCAGGCAAAGAGGUGCUGCUGCUAUUGCUUCCCUGCUGCUCCUGCUUCCCUGCUGCUCUUCCCUAG